AUGUGGCCAUUCUCAUCCUAUCCAGAAUGCUCGCCUUCUCAGGUCGACGGCAAGACAUAUGACUAUGUUAUUGUUGGAGGUGGAACUGCCGGCUGCGUGCUUGCGUCGCGCUUGUCUGAGGAUUAUGAUGUUUCUGUCCUCGUGAUAGAGAAAGGCUAUGCCAAGGACAAUGUUGUGUCACGCAUGCCACUCCUCAGUCAGAACAUGUUUCUCGGUGAUACGUUGCAGGUUCAGAGUGACCGUUGGUCUGAGCCAAUUUCUGGUGCCAACAGAAGAAGAAACCGCCUGUGGGCGGUAGAAGGAAUCGGAGGCGCUACACGCAUGAAUGCAAUGUUGUGGACUCGUGGCUUUCCAGGAGACUAUGCCGCCUGGGCCGAGAUGGGCCUCUACGAUUGGAGCUAUGAGAAGAUGGAGCCGUAUUUCCGCAAGAUCGAAAAUGCCGUUGCCCAUCCCACGUCCAGUUCAAGGGGCCACCAAGGACCAAUCGAGAUUCGGCAAUUUUCAUACCCGUUUCUGUGGAUCAAAUACCUCAACCAAGCUAUCCAAAAGCUGGGCCUUCGCCUAGAGGAAGAUAUCAAUGACCCUCAUGCACCGGCUAUGGGGUCUUUCAUCUUCGAUACAGCUAUCGACAAGAGCGGAAGCCGCAUCUCAGCGCUUACUGCAUAUCUCAGCGAAGCAGUGACUUCCGAGCGGCGUGACCGCCUUACGAUAUGUACAGGAGCCACUGCAUCACGUUUGGAAGCUGACACUCGAACGCGUCUUGUCAAAGGUGUUUACAUUCGAUCCUCGAAGGAUCCGGCUCGAGAAUUCUUCGUCAGAGCACGACGCGAGGUCAUAGUAUGUUCUGGCGCAGUCUGUACACCUCAACUACUCCUGUUGAGUGGCAUUGGACCGGCAGCAUCAAGCCAGAAGUUCUCCAUUCCCCUUGCAAAAGAGCUUCCUGCGGUGGGCGCUACGCUGUCAGACCACUACAGUGUUCCCAUCAUGCUUGAAGUCCCUAAGCAAGAGACAUUCCACUUCCUGGAUUCAAUUAUGGGUAUUUGGCAUAUAUUUCUUUGGCUCCUCUUUGGAAAAGGGCUUCUAAGCCUUAGUUCCAUCCCUACCACGAUUUACGUACGUACGGGCGCCAUCGAUGAAGAUACCAUGCAGGUCAAGAAUUAUGAUGAAUAUGGUCACGACAACCUCAACGCUUCACUAUCUCGAAAUGUGCCAGACAUCGAGGUCAUGCUCAUGCCCAUGAACUCAAUGGAGAGACCUGUCAACGGGCGUUCACACAUGUCCCUCUACCCUACGUUAGUCCAACCGCAGGGAUCAGGGCACGUGGAACUGGCUAGUACGAAUGCAUUUGCCCAACCUCGAGUCACCUAUCCCAUGUUCACAAAUGAACAUGAUAUCACAUCUGCUAGACUUGCUGUUCGAUUCACCAUGCGAUUAGCUAGCGAGUUCCAUCAAUCCGGCUAUCCAUAUCCUGCGAAACUUGUCUUUGCUCCAGGUCAGGAUCCUACCAUCCUCGAAGAGUGGGAGAAAACAGCCCCAACCGACUACUUUCCGGUCCCGUUGCCCGCCGCAGCAUCAAUCUCAAGCGCAACGCAUAAACCUCAGAUCACCCUCGACCGCGAAAAGGAAGCCACUUCGGAAAAUACAAAACACGUGGAAAAGACGUGGAAAACUUUGACCGACGACGAAAUUGACGAUUACAUGAGAAGGGUAAGCCACACAAGUUUGCAUUUCUCAGGCACGUGCCCGAUGUCCAACGAUGAAGUGUCAGGCGUCGUUGAUCAAAGGCUGCGUGUCCACGGUUUUAGCAAUUUGAGAAUCGCAGACGCGAGCGUCUUCCCCAAGGUAACCAGCUGUCACACCAUGGCACCAGUUAUGGUGGUUGCUGAAAGAUGUGCUGAUAUGGUUAAGGCGACAUGGGAGGGAAGGAAAUCGCAAUAG